AUGAUGGGCCCCAGCUCCAUGCAUCGGUGCGUCGACUGCGCUGCGCCCCUGGUGGUCGUCCAUGACGCGAUUCCGCCUGCUUGCCUUCUGCCGGUGGAGUGCUCUGCACGUGGCUUGGAAGAGUCUUCGCGCCAAACUCGGCGAACGUCGUCCAGUUCUUCGUCGGUCACAGGGAUCUUCUCCGCGCCGCAAACCUCCCUUGUGGCUGCUGCCUUGAAAUCGGAUCAUCGAAAUCCGACGGGAGACGAGGUGAAAGUUUCGCCCCGCUCGCUCCCGGCGUCGUCAACGAGCCCCGGUGUAUGUACACCUCCGGGCCAGCGUUGUGCCUCUGAGCCAGUCCAGGCGUCGGACGCAGUUCCCGCGUCCUCGUGUGCCGGGGCCUCAGUUUCGUUGUCUUCCCCGCGGGCAACCAGAGCGCCUAGCGGGGAGUCUGGAUACCCACCUUCUUUGCAAGAUUCGUUCGUUCUUUUGUCUCCCCUCCCUGGAACUCAAGCGCCGUCCAGUCACCAUGAAAAGGUAGUCCCUGCGUCUUCGCCGACUGCCGCGAUGAACUCAGAGGCUCAGUCGCCUCCUGCCGCUUCGCCUCAGGCGCGUGCUCCCUGUGGGAUGCCUCGACAGACUCGCGAGGAAGAGCACCGUCAGCAGUUCGUCGCGCGACUCAACGACGGCGAGAACUGGACACAACUCGUUCUCGACGACGCGGCGCUCUGCGAGAAAUGCUUUUCGUCCACAAUGGGCGAGCUCGAGAAGCAACUGGAGGAAGAGCGAGCUCUGCUGCGGCAGUACACGAGGGCGCUGGAGAAGCUGAAGAAGCUGCGGGGAGAGACAGCGCGGCGGGGUCAGCAAGAAACUGCAGAGAGCGCGCGAGGCUCUCGUAAACGGGACUCUGGCACGCAGCGGGAGGUUCAGGAAGGAGUCGAGAACCUCUCGGCGAAACGCGACGGACCCCAACUCGACAGCUGGACCGCAAAGGCCCCCGAGGGGGCUCAGAAACGCGAAGACGUCUCGAUGCCUUCGCUGUGCCGUCAGGAAGGACGGACGACUCGCGAGGAAACCGGGGGUGGACAGAGGAGUCCUCUGCAUGAAGGUCGACGCGACGGAAAACAGGAAAGGAAGGAAGAAAACCAAGAGGAGCACCAGCGCCUUCGGCUCGCUCAGGAUCUCCUGGCCGCACAGCAGGAGUACGAGGAUGCGGAGGACGAGGAGGAGGAACUUCUCGAAGAAGUUCUGACUCUCAAUCUCCUGCAGCGUCGGCUUUGGCACCUUUCGUCUGCCCACCAGGGACGGGUCGCGCGGCAAGAAGAGGCAACGGCAGCCAUGCUUCGUCAGCGGGAAUACGUGAGUGAGCAACUGGAGAGACUCAAGCAGCUGAAUGUGAUGAACGAUGCGUUUCAUAUCUGGACGGACGGCGCGCUGCCGUCGAUCAACUCGUGCCGAAUUGGCCGACUUUCGUCGCCGGCGAGUCCAAGUUGGGCAGAGAUCAACAGUGGCUGGGGCCACAUGUGUCUGCUUCUGGAUGUCCUUUUCCGAAAGGUCUACGUCCAUCCUACCCACUACCGCUUGCUGCCGCGAGGCCCGUACUCCUGUUUAAUCAGGAGAAAAGACGACACUGUUCUGCCUCUUCAAGGCGGGGGUAAGGAGACCGGUCUCAGUCGCUUCUUUUACAAAAGCCGCCGUUUCGACGAGGCGACGGUCGCGUUUUUGGAAUGCGUGCAGGAGCUUCACGAAGCGCUCGUCCACUUUGCUCGCCAACCCUGGCCGCCGUACGCGUCCCCUGGUGUACAGACACCCUGGGAGCCUCCUGAACUCCCUUUCGCGGUAGAGAGCGACCGCGUCGGCGGCCUGUCCAUCCGGCUGCAGAUGAGCCAGGACGAGCGGUGGACGAAGGCCGUGAAGUAUCUGCUUAUCGAUCUGAAGUGGCUGCUUAGUUAUGUCGAGAGAGUCUGCGUCGUGUGCCCAUCUUCCUCCUAG